GUUUUAUGUGUAUGUGUGUUUAUAUAUGUACAACUACAUUCAGGAUGUAGCUGAAAGUAAGGUCUUUGGAUGGAAAGAUUACGGGGCUGACAGACAAGCAGAGAAGGUAGCAAAUCCCCAUCUGUGUUAGGCUGCAAAGGGCUGGCGGACACCAAAUCCACUACAGGCCCUCAGGGGUUUGUUAAGCAACAGAAUAGCCCAGUUGAUGUCAUCAGAGGAUAGGUAUCAAGACAGCCUCUGUGGUAACUUCUGUGGAGUAGCAGGAAGGGUCUGAGUAGGAUUCAGGAGCCUAUGAUGGCAGUCCACAGCUGACUCACUGGCUUAACUCUGGGCUGAACCCGGAUUCCCAGGGCCCAUGCUUACACCUGACAAACGAUGGCCUGAGCUAUGAACAAACGGAGCUAUAUGAACACUUCGGUGCAAGAGCCCCCUCUUGACUACUCCUUCCGAAGCAUCCACGUGACCCAAGAUCUGUUAAGCGAGGAGCCCCGGACAGGGCUACGACCAGUAAGGCACGCGAAGUCGGGGAAGUCAAUGACCCAGUCCCUGUGGUUAAACAACAAUGUCCUCACUGACCUGAGAGACUUCAACCAUGCGGUUUCACAGCUCCUGGAGCAUCCAGAGAACCUGGCCUGGAUCGACCUGUCCUUCAAUGACCUGACUUCCAUUGAUCCUGUCCUGACAACUUUCUUCAACCUGAGUGUCCUCUAUCUCCAUGGCAACAGCAUCCAGCGCCUUGGAGAAGUGAACAAGCUGGCUGUCCUCCCUCGGCUCCGGAGCCUGACCCUGCACGGGAACCCCAUUGAAGAGGAGAAGGGGUAUAGGCAAUAUGUGCUGUGCACCCUGCCCCAUAUCACCACGUUCGACUUCAGUGGGGUCACCAAAGCAGACCGCACAACGGCUGAAGUGUGGAAACGCAUGAACAUCAAACCGAAGAAGGUCCGGAUCAAGCACAACGCACUCGAUUCAGAAGAGUAUACACAGAUUCCUGAUUCAUAUCGGGACAAUCUAACUCAAGAGCCUCAGCUUACCCACCUCUACAAUGGACUCACAAAGCCCACUAAUACAAGCACAGAGAAGGCACAGCAGCUAGGAAGGGAGUGCUUCCCAAAGGCCGAGGCUGAGGACCCUCGAAGUUGUAAACGUCUGAAAGAUCUCAGCCCUCAUUCCCGCGCCCCGCCCGCGGCGGCCGCACCUGGUCCGAGUCCUCGUUCUCGCUGCUGUAGCAGCACCCCAUGGCGGGGGUCGGGCCGGGCGCUCAGGCCGCGCCGAGGAGGGACGGCGUCCGUCACGAGCCCUUCCGGUCACAUGACCGGCGCCAGCAUCCAGCAAGUAACCACCACCCCCGUGCCUACCCCUUCCCGGAGCGGCUUCGCUGCCGCGGCUGCCGCCGGAACCCAAGCUUCCGGCCCCGCCCCUACCGCGGCCCAGGUAGGGACCAUGUCCCCUGCCAUUGCGCUGGCCUUCCUGCCCCUGGUGGUGACAUUGUUGGUGAGGUACCGGCAUUACUUCCGACUGCUGGUUCGCACAGUCUUGCUCCGGAGCCUCCGAGAUUGCCUGUCAGGGCUGCGGAUGGAGGAGCGGGCCUUCAGCUAUGUGCUCACCCAUGCCCUGCCUGGGGACCCUGGUCACAUCCUCACCACCCUGGACCACUGGAGCAGCCAUUGCGAGUACCUCAGCCACAUGGGGCCUGCCAAAGGUCAGAUCCUGAUGCGGCUGGUGGAGGAGAAGGCUCCUGCCUGUGCACUGGAGCUGGGCACCUACUGCGGGUACUCCACACUGCUUAUUGCCCGUGCUUUGCCCCCUGGGGGUCGCCUUCUCACCGUGGAGCGGGAUCCACGCACGGCAGCAGUGGCUGAAAAACUCAUCCGCCUGGCUGGCUUUGAUGAGCACACGGUGGAGCUCAUCGUGGGGAGAUCAGAGGAGGUGAUCCCACGCCUAAGAACCCAGUACGAGCUGAGUCGGGCUGACCUGGUGCUCCUGGCGCACCGGCCCCGAUGUUACCUGCGGGACCUGCAGCUGCUGGAAGGCCAUGCCCUGCUGCCAGCUGGUGCCACUGUGUUAGCUGACCAUGUGCUCUUCCCUGGUGCACCCCGCUUCCUGCAGUAUGCCAAGAGUUGUGGCCGCUACCGUUGCCGCCUCCACCACACUGGCCUCCCUGACUUCCCUGCCAUCAAGGAUGGCAUAGCCCAGCUCACCUAUGCAGGGCCUGGCUGAGUCCAGGCGCAGGGGUACUUACUGCUGCCUCCCCCCACCCCUCCCCAAGCACAGACCUCAGAAUAUCCCCUCCCCUCCCUUUCCUGCUUGUGGACUGACACAUGCUGGGCUCAGGGCUAGAGGGGCUCUCCUCCCACCUCUGUCCCACUCUGGCUCCACGAUAACCUGAGGCCUCAAGUUGUGUCAGGCUGUUUGAUUCCAUUGGUUCCUCUCCUUCCAGUCCAGAGUCAUGGACUGACAGGCAAGAAGCUUGAGCUCCCAACCCAGCCCUGUCACUGAUUUGCUGGGUUACUCCAUGGGAGUCUCUGCCCUGUUCUGAGAUUUAAUCUGUUCUAACCAAAGAAGUUGACUAGGAGAGUUCAGGGGCCUCUCAGUUCUGGGCCUCAGAGAACCUGCCCCCCAGUCUCCCCAACCCCAUGCCAUUUCGGGUGGAAUCAAAGGAAGCAGUAAACACUGAGUUAAGAGGCCUGGCAGAAAUGGCUGGGUGCAAUCUGGGCCAGAGGAAAUGGCAUUGAAGCCUCAGCUCACAGCCAGGGCUACUCUGGCCUUCCUUAGCCCCAGACCACACGGCCAGGUAG